AGGGUUUAGCAAUAUGAAAACCAGUUAGGCAUUCCCACAUAUUCCCAGCUGCUCAUAUCAGUAUAAUAAGAUUAUUACAGUACAGAGCCGGGUCCGGUGUGACGCUGGGAGGUGCUGAGGCCCGGACUUCCUGUGCCCCGCUCCCCCCAUCCUCCGGAUGACUUGGUCCUCCAUAGUCCACCCCUGACUUGUUGACCUUGGACACCCAACCCUUCGUGGUCAUGUGGAUGGUGGUGCUAGUCCUGGUCCUGACCACGGUCGUGUUGGCCUUCCUGGAUGUCUGGUAUUUUAUCCGCGCGUUCCUGUCGGUGCUGAGCGCGCGCCUACAGCCUGUGGUGAAGGACCUGCUGAAGGAGCACUCGUUCUCGGGUGUGGUUCUUCCUCAUGAUCUGGACUUCCUCCUGCACAUGAACAACUCUCGCUACCUCCGGGAGGCCGACUUUGCCCGGCUUUCCUAUUUUACACGCAGCGGGCUAUUUGGGGCCAUUCACUCUAUUGGCUCAGGGAUGGUGAUGGCGGCCAGCACUAUACGCUACCGGCGCUCGCUUCGUCUUCUAGAGACCUUCGAGAUACGCACACGCCUGCUCUGCUGGGAUGAGAAGGCCUUCUACGUGGAGCAACGAUUCGUAACCCCCAAGGAUGGAUUUGUGUGCGCCAUUCUGCUGAGCCGACAGCACAUCACAGGAAACUCCCCCGAUAAAGUAGUACAGACCAUGUGUAAGAGAAAGGUGGAGUCUCCGGAGUUCCCGGACGAGGUGAUGCACUGGAUCGACUACAACGACAACAGCAGCCAGAAACUGCGAGCCGAGAGCGGGGCCCCCGACAACUCCAAAGACCAGUAACGGAGCCGCCCGCGGGUACCUACCCCCCGACUCCUCCUUCCUACCGUACACGCUGAACCUGCAUAGACCAGUGCAGCUAUUAGAGUGUUAGCUCCGUAUGAUAAAUACCGCUGUACCAUUCCUGUCCGCGACCCUCAGGUAGAACGACGUGCGCUUUUAUAAAUGGGUUCUGUGCAAUACCGGUCGGGGGGGGGAGAUCGAAACGCGUCUCCAGGUGCGACACGAAGGAACGUUCCUUAUUGUUUUUAUAUUGUGCGUUUUAUUUAUUACGAUUAAUCCUGUAUUUAUUUGAUGCAUGCCGAGCCGCAAACGUGUCCGUGCGCACAGCUUUAAAAUCAUGUAUGACGCGAAACGCGCGUAAAUGUAGAGCAUGAGCGGGUGGUCUCCAGCUGUUGCAGAACUACAACUCCCAGCAUGCCCAGCUGGAGGCACCCUGUUUGGGAUACAUUUAUAUGCACUGAAAAUGACUGGAGUUGCAAAACUACAACUCCCAGCAUGCCCAGACAGUAAUUUUGCCACAGCUGGAGGCGCCCUGGUUGGAAAACACUGUCCAAGACUGAUACAUUUUCCUGCACUGAAGGUGACUCGAGAUUCAAAACUACAACUCCCAGCAUGCCCAUACACCCAUGCCCAUACACCAUUCUGGGAGUUGUAGUUUUGCAACAGCUGGAGGCACCCUGGUUGGGAAACACUGACCAAGACUGGUACAUUUACCUGCUUUGAAAAUGACUGGAGUUGGGAAAACUACAACUCCCAGCAGACCCAACAGCUUUUGGCUGGAGGCACACUGUUUGGGAUACAUUUAUCUGCACUGAAAAUGACUGGAGUUUCAAAACUACAACUCCCAGCAUGCCCAGACAGCAUUUGGCUGUCCAGGCAUGCUGGGAGUUGUAGUUUUGAACAGAUGCAGGCACACUGGGUGGGAAACACUGUCCCAAACUAAUUCAUUUACAUGCAGUAAAAAUGGCUGCAAUUGCAAAACUACAACUCCCAGCAUGCCCGGACAGCCAAAAGCUGUCCGGGCAUGCUGGGAGUUGUAGUUUUUGCCACAGCUGGAGGCACCCUGGUUGGUAAACACUGUCCAAGACUGAUAAAUUUACCUGCACUGAAGGUGACUCGAGUUACGAAACUGCAACUCCCAGCAUGCCCAUACACCCUUUUGCUUAUCUGGGCAUUCUGGGAGUCGUAGUUUUGCAACAGCUGGAGGCACCCUGGUUGAAAAACUCUGACCAAGACUGAUACAUUUACCUGCACUGAGUUGGAAAACUACAACUCCCAGCAGACCCGGACAGCCUUUGGCUGUCCGGGCAUGCUGGGAGUUGUAGUUUUGCAACAGCUGGAGGCACCUUUAUUGGGAAAUGCUGCCCAAGUUAAAGGAGUACUCCGGUGCAAA